CCACUCAAGCAAGGGCAUGCGCGUAGCUGUGCAAAUGGCCGAUAAAUUGUUGACACGACGUGUGCAGAGAACAGCACGCUUGUGUCUAGAAUCCCAAUAUUUUUAGGAAUAUCGCAUCAAAUUCUUUCCCACCAUGCCCGACAUCGAGGUGAAGUCAAGCUGGGCUGACGAGGUGGAGGAUGAUGGAAAUCAGAAGCUGCCGGAACCAACAGAAACAAUAAAAAAUGGAGUUAAAAUUAUCACGGAAUACACUUUCAAUGAGAAUAACCAGAAAGUCAAAAUUGUUCGCCAAUACAAAAUGGAGAAGCGAAUUGUCUCUAAAACCAUUGCGCAGCGCAAGACCUGGCCCAAAUUUGGGGACAGUCAUAACGACAAGCCUGGCCCGAACCCUGCAACCACCAUCGUGGCUGAAGACGUAUACAUGCAGUUCAUCACGAACAAGGAAGACAGCGACAAGCCGGACGACUCUGGCAUCAACAAGCUGAAGGGCAUGGACCAGAACGUCAUGAAGUGCCGUAACUGCAAGGGCGACCACUGGACCACCAAGUGCCCGUACAAGGACUCGCUGGUGCUGGCCAACAAGGCGGCUGAGGAGAAGAAGCCCCCGAUUGGAGGAAUGGAAAAGAAGGAGACUGGCGGCAAGUACGUGCCUCCAAGCUUGCGAGAGGGCGCUAAGAACACGGACAGCAUGUCCCAUCAGAGAAGGGAUGACACUCUGGCUAUCAGGAUUUCCAACCUGUCGGAGAACACGCAAGAGGCUGAUCUGGAGGACCUCGUCAAGCCUUUUGGCCCUUACUCGAAGCUUUACCUUGCCAAGGACAAGAAUACAAAUUGCUGCAAAGGAUUUGCGUAUGUCCACUUCAAGUUUAGAGCGGAUGCCGCUAAGGCUAUUGAAAUGUUGGACGGCUUUGGCUAUGACCAUUUGAUUCUCAAUGUUGACUGGUCUAAGCCUUCGCAAAAUUAAGGUACUUGAGAAAUGUAUUGUAAUUCAACAUGAUUGGUCGGUAAUAAAUUUAAUUCGGCUUAAAAUUUAAGAAAA